GUAACAGAAGAGGGCCCUACCAGCGCUGUCAUUGUAUUUAAAAUGAGUCUGCCUGAAGAUUGUCAGGCUAUCUGCUGGUUCUGCCGCGGUGAGCAGGAGCUCCCUGGAGACUGCUGGGAGGGGUUGUGGUGUAGGAAGGCUUAUAGGUGACUGCUCUCUUCUGCCUGCGCUCAGAGGGGGACUUAGCCAACUGCUCUAGCGGUGCAGAGAGGCUGUAUCUUCCAGUAAUCUGAUUACUACUUAUGAGCCAUCCUUCUUAUAUCUCUGUGUGGCUACUUCGGCUUCAGCAUGAGCGUCUGUGUAGUGCAGACUGGAAAAGGUAAAGCCUAGCAAAGGUGUUAUCUUCUAUGCAUUUUUAUUAUUUUCCUCUGAUUUUUUUUUUAAAGCAAGCUGCCUUGGUGAACCAACUCAUCAGUAUACGUCAUUGUGGACUUCUUUUUGUUUUUCAAACAAUCUGCCGUAAGCCAAGCUUUUAAAGUUUUCAGUUUUUUUUAUUCAUUAUUCAUUGAUUUUUCUCGAACUGUAUUCAGUAAAUGCUUAUAUGCUAUUGCCUUGGAUGCUUUUUUUUAUCAAUUCAAGCAGUGUGGACUUGGUUUUCUAAAUUAUAUAUAGAUGGAAAGCAUUUAAGGAAGCUUAUCAAUCAGUUCCUUUGAUUAUUAACAUUUGUCUGUAGCCACGUGUGUCUAACUGACUGAAAAUCAAGCUAUGCCUUGAAAGAAGAAUUAAACAUUCUGUAUGUAUAUCAUAACCAAACAUUAAUUUUGGAAAUGUCAGCUUCGGGAAGAAAAGAAUUUGAUGUAAAACACAUCCUGCGCUUGCGAUGGAAACUUUUCAGCCAUCCAUCGCAAACCUCAGCCAGUAGCUGCCUUCCUCAGGACAGUUUUGAGCACUGGGGGCCAAGCCAGACUCGGCAAAAGAGCCAUGGUCAUGAGAAAAGCGUUUUUCGGAAAAAGUCUGGUGAUGUAAAUAGUUCGCUAUUUUCCUCUCUCAGAAAUGGUAGACAUGGGGACUGUGAUAAUGACCAGCAGCGGACUACAUUUUAUGUGGAAGCAGUUGGGGAGAUGUCUAGAAUGGAAUUUACACGGGAGGUCAAGCCCUUUGUACAAGAAGUCAAAGAGGAAGAAGCUGACUCGGACUGUGAAGAGACUGGAGAGGGUUGUGGGCAACGAUUGUCUGUGGCCAGUUGGCCCUUGACACCCCAAACAGAUAUGGACUCUAGCAAUCCUGAGGAGUUUUUCCAAUCUGUGCAGCAUGCUGAGCAAACUUUCAGAAAGAUGGAGAACUACUUAAAGCAGCAGCAGCUGUGUGAUGUGAUUCUGAUUGCUGGAGAUCGCAAAAUACCGGCUCAUAGGCUCGUUCUAAGUGCUGUGUCAGACUACUUUGCUGCCAUGUUCACAAAUGACGUGUGUGAAGCCAAACAAGAAGAAAUCAAAAUGGAGGGGAUUGACCCUAAUGCACUCUGGGAUUUGGUGCAGUUUGCAUACACAGGUUGUCUGGAACUGAAAGAAGAAACUAUUGAGAAUCUGUUGGCAGCGGCAUGCCUCCUCCAGCUCUCAAAGGUAGUUGAUGUAUGCUGUCACUUCCUAAUUAAACUUCUGCACCCAUCAAACUGCCUUGGAAUUCGUGCAUUUGCUGAUGCUCAGGGCUGUAUUGAACUCAUGAAGGUGGCUCAUAACUACAGCACGGAAAACAUCAUGGAGGUUAUAAGAAACCAGGAAUUCCUGCUGCUUUCUGCAGAUGAAAUUCUUAAACUUCUUUCCUGUGAUGAUGUCAAUGUUCCUGAUGAGGAGUCAAUAUUCCAUGCCCUUCUGAUGUGGGUGAAACAUGAUGUGCAAAGGUGUAAAGACCUUAGCAUGCUGCUUGCCUACAUCAGACUGCCACUUCUUCCCGCUCAGCUUCUGGCAGAUCUGGAGAAUAACAUUCUCUUCAAAGAUGACCUGGAAUGUCAAAAGCUUAUCUUGGAAGCAAUGAAAUAUCAUCUCCUGCCUGAAAGAAGACUUCUAAUGCAAAGUCCACGGACCAAACCAAGGAAGUCUACAGUUGGAGCACUGUAUGCAGUAGGAGGGAUGGACAACAACAAAGGUGCAUCAACCAUAGAAAAAUAUGACCUAAGAACGAAUUCUUGGACACAGGCUGGGAUGAUGAAUGGCAGGAGGCUGCAGUUUGGAGUAGCUGUCAUUGAGGAAAAUCUGUAUGUUAUUGGAGGGAGAGAUGGUUUGAAGACUUUAAACACUGUUGAAUGUUACAAUCUGAAAUCAAAGAAUUGGACCAUUGUAUCCCCCAUGUCAACUCAUAGACAUGGACUUGGAGUAACACUGUUAGAAGGCCCUAUUUAUGCUGUAGGAGGCCAUGAUGGCUGGAGUUACCUGAACACAGUGGAAAGAUGGGAUCCACAAAGUCAGCAGUGGACAUUUGUUGCAAGUAUGUCUACUGCCAGAAGCACGGCUGGAGUGGCAGCUUUAAAUGGAAAACUGUGUGCUGUUGGUGGCCGUGAUGGAAGUUCCUGUCUCAGUUCAAUGGAGUGCUAUGACCCUCACACUAAUAAAUGGAGUAUGUGUUCACCAAUGUCCAAGAGAAGAGGAGGUGUAGGAGUCGCAGCAUGUGAUGGUUUUCUAUAUGCGGUCGGGGGGCAUGAUGCUCCAGCUUCCAGUCAUUGCUCACGGCUUUCAGACUGCGUGGAGAGAUAUGACCCAAAAACAGACACAUGGACAACUGUUGCACCACUAAACUUGCCCCGAGAUGCCGUCGGAGUAUGCCUUCUUGGAGAUAAGUUAUAUGCAGUUGGUGGAUAUGAUGGACAAACAUAUCUGAACACAAUGGAAUCAUAUGAUCCUGAGACAAAUGAAUGGACAAAGAUGUCACCACUGAACAUUGGAAGAGCUGGCGCAUGUGUCAUUGUUAUCAAGCAGCCUUAACAGUCUCAUUAUCAGGUGGCUAUACAGAAUGUACGAUGUGAAUUACUCACAAUACUCAGCCAGGAGUAGGGGGGUUGAGGGGGGAUGAGGACCACCCCAGAGUGCAGGAAUUGGGGUUAAAACCUGCAGAAAACAAGUGGUCAUCUUGGUUGUAUACUGUUCAUUUAAAUUUGAAUUACUUUGUGGUAAUUUGUAUGUACUUUGUAAUAGAAGCAUCUUGCUUUUCAAUUCUGUAAACAUCAGAGCUUUCUCCUUAUGUCUGGUACUUCUCCUUCUCUAACUCACAGGGGAUUGAUCUACCAGUUCAGGAAGGAUAUGCAUCAUAAAAUGGCUUAAAUAAAGACAGUGUUAGCCUCUCUUUCUUUCAGUUCCUAUCAAUGGUUAUGUUUCCAGCAGAAAUAAAACAUUUGAUGGACCCUUCUUUUUAGUUAAUUCAAUUAACCAGUGAUAAAGCAGUUUUCACUGUAUUUAUAAAGGUGUACACAUGUUAAUGUUUUUAGAUAUAAGGACGUCAUAUAUGAAAUGUCUAAGUAUAGCAUACUUUUAUUUACAAAAUGUUUUUCCUAUGUUAUAUUAUUCUCGCCAACUUCUCAAUUUCCUAGUUCCAGAUGCCAGGGACUGAGCAUCUGUCUACAGGAUGCCACUGUCUGUUUUUCACUCGUGUGGGAAAGAAAAAAAGCCUCCAUUUCCACUUAUCGAAUUCAUUCUAAUAGUAAUCUAAACAAAAACAAGAAUGUUACAGUGCAUACGUCACUUCCAUUUUGUCCAAUCAUAGUACACAUCGGCUGUGUCAAUGGGUCAUGGUUGAUGCUUGCCCACAAAAUUUGCUUGUGCACCAAAGCCUUAAGAAUCAUCCAUUCCCUAACCUAAGUUCCUCUCCACUGUCCUCCUUUCAUAUUUUUAUUGUAGGACUCACUUGACCCUCCUUUGCUGAGAGUGCUCCAUCAUGCAAUGCACAUCAAUCCAUUGAUAAGAGAAUGGAAGCACUGCGUUUAUCUGCCCCAUCUGCAAAGACCAAUAGCAAACGUGGUAUAAAAAUGUUAUUAACUGACUCUUCAUUGUGCACCAAGAAUUACAGUUCAGCACCUUACCUUUGUAUAUAAACUGAAUCAACACUGUAAGGCAUGUUUUAGAUCAACAUUUUGAACAUGAGACCAGAUAAAACAUAGUGCAUCAUGUACAAAACUGUGAGUAUAAUGUUAUCUUUUUAAUUUUAUGAAACGUCUUCUCUUACUAUUAGUUACAUUAUUCUGUGUGUAAAGAAUGGCUUCUGGACCCCAUGCACAUGUGUGCAGUAUCAAGAGUUUCUAACAGAACUUCAAAAUAUCAUUAUUAUUUCAUGCCUUUUCAAAUCAUAAUUUAGGUACAUUUACUAAAUACGCAAGAUGAUGUCUUAGAUACAGUUCCCUGUCUUACUUAGAAAUAGGGAAAAAACUAACAAUUGUUAAAACAGAAUCUCGGUUUUGGACAAAACAAUUCAAUUUUAACUGUUUACAAGCCAAUUCAAUGUCAGGAUUCUGACUACUUGUUUUGGGUAUGGGUGACGUUCGUGAUGACUGAUUAUUUGGCUGCUGUUCCCGCCUCUCAAGGGGAGGUGGAAGCCACACCCUCUGAAAGAGGAACUGGUGAUUCAACUGUGAUUGCUACUGCAAUAGUCAGGUGAGUUUACCUGAAGUUUAAACAAGAUCAGGGGGAGUGAUCAAAGGAGGGAGCAAGUAGUAAUCCCGCCCCAGAAUCUCAAUUCUAAUUGUGCUGGAAUUGUCAUCUUUAAGUUUCUGGUGGUGUGCUUUUUAAAAAUGUGUAUUGAUUGCAAAAGCAGGAAAAGUGUCCAGAAAAUGUGCAGAACAAUAAAGAAUAUUGACAAGAGCUAUGUACUGUAGAAAGAGACCUUAAAAGUGAUAGUAACAUUUAAGCUGUUUUUAGUAUAUGUAAUAACACUUCUGAUGUAUAAAAUAAAGUUAAUGCAUUAUCUCUGCUCAGCACAAUAUAUGCAUCUUUAAGUGUCACCAUGGUUUUAAUUCAGUUGGAAGGCCCCAUCUUUAAAAUGAAACUUUAUAAGGGAAAUGUGAAUUUAAUAGUUAAAUAGUGUUUCAAAAUGUAUAAUGUCAAAAUGAAAUGUAUAAUGUCAAAAUGUAUAAUGUCGAAUUGAACCUGAACAUAGAAACAACUUGACUGUAUGAAUGUAGGCCACUGUUGUUCAGUAAUAUUUAUUAAUGUAUGUAUUUAUUUUUUUGUGUAUUUAUUUAUUUAUUUAUUUAUUUAUUUAAAAGGUCCUAUGUUAAUACGAUAGCACAUUUUUAUAGAACUAUCUAAAAUACAUAUUAUGUAUUAUCUAUAGUUCAUAUUUGAAACCAAAAUGAAAGCCUCAAAUGGUUUGCUUGUAUUUUCUCCAGAUAUGGACAGUGCAACAUAGGGCUGUCUGGUUCAGAACCACUCAUUUAUUUACACAAGUAUUUAUGUAUUUCACUUCAAAACUCCUACUAUCCAUGACUCAGUGGAAUUCCAUGAUGUAAAUUAUAGCAUGUUUCAAAUUGUGUUGAAAAAAAUAAACUUGCCUGUUGACUUUGUUUAUGCCCUCAUGAUUUAAAGUAUUAUUGUUUAUAUUUUGUUAGAUUAUAAUUAGGCCUUCUGAUUUUCGGUUUUAACUGAUAAAACCUGAUAAAGCACCCCUGAUACAAAAAAAAAAAAAAUGUAAUUGGUGUAUAUCCAAUAAA